ACAGACAGCGAUCCUUUGCUAAUAAGUAUAGCGAGGGGCUAUUACUACAAAGAAUUUCGGACUCCUCAGGAUAUAUUCGUGGUAAAAAGGGGUAUCGUAUCGGCAACACUUAUAACAGAUGAAAUUGGACUUCGUUUCACUCCCUGUGGGAAAUGGGCUCCGGCUCCGUUCGACGCCUGCGGACUGGCGGUUACACAACAACAGUGAAGAUUCAUCUCGUCUGUGUCGAAUCAGGGUUACCGUGGUCGUCAUGAGGAACAACGUUACACAAGGAAAAUGCCAAGCGAACGAAACUCGAAGACCUGACGAUGUUGCACCGAGGUACUUUCUAUUUGGCACCAGGCCUCCCGCCCUCCACGUGACACAAUCCCGCAGAGUGAUUCAACAAAGAAUGCGAGGACAAUAUCAUCAUGCUGCUAUUGUUCUAGGCUCACCUGACUGGAGGGGGAUAUGCGAUACGCACAUGAUUGCUGCCUUUAGCCAUCUUCUCCUCAUCAGCCUCCUCGCUCUCCAAAAAAAUUUGAAAUCCUCAUCAUCAUCGCUAUCCUAUUCCGUCUUCUCAAUCAUUCCCAAUGACUGCGAUCCGGUACUUUGAAGAUCAGUGGGAUGAUGUCGUUUUCGACCACAAGUCUUUCUCACUCCGGUCGUAUCUAAUAACUCUAGUCCUCGUGGCAGUCGGCACGACAGUGGCGGUAUUCCUGUUCAUUGAGGGGAGCUCACUUACUCUGCCGAAAUUCCUAUGAGGUGAGAUGGGGAAAG